GAACAAAAUUCAGGCACAUUGUGGACGUGACUUGACAUGGACCUUUCUGGUUCUUCUGAAGAAGACGAAGGCUCUUGCAUUCCAAUGGCUCGAGUCCUGAAAAGGACUUGUUCUUCAUGGUUAAGGCCUUCAUCAAAAUACAUGUGGAUUCUCCUACUCUGCCAGCCCAUUUUUACUUGUUUGCCCAAUCAGCUUUGGGGUUAUAACGUCCAUCCAUGUCCACAUAUGCCAAUAUCAUAGGUUGACGAUAAGACCCCAAUCAGCAUAAAAAGAAAAAGACUUGCGUGGACUUGAGUUGUGAGGAAGGAUGAAGAAAGCUGCACGAGUGGUGUUUAUCCCUUCUCCAGGAGUUGGUCAUCUUGUGCCCACCAUUGAGUUCGCCAAGCUUCUCAUCAACCACGAUGAGCGUCUCUGGAUCAGUGUGUUGGUAAUGGACACCACAAGUGCUGCUUACACAGAGUCCCUUGCAUCCCAACGUCUCCAGUUCAUCAACCUCCCCGAAUCACCCUCCAAAUCUGAACCAGCAAUGACCUCUCUCCUCGAACAACAAAAACCACACGUCAAACAAGCUGUCUCCAACCUCAUCUCUGACGACUCCGCCCCAGCACUCGCCGCCUUUGUCGUGGACAUGUUCUGCACAACCAUGAUUGAUGUGGCCAAAGACUUGAAGGUUCCUUCGCUGGUCUUCUUCACCUCAGGCCUUGCCUUUCUUGGUUUGAUGCUUCAUCUUCACACCCUGAGGGAACAGGACAAGACCCACUUCAGGGAGUCCCAAACUCACUUGCUCAUCCCCUCCUUCGCCAACCCAGUCCCGCCAACAGCUUUGCCUUCUCUUGUGCUCGACAAGGACUGGGACCCCAUUUUCUUGGCCUACGGGGCUGGCCUCAAGAAAGCCGAUGCUAUUAUAGUAAAUUCAUUCCAGGAGCUGGAAUCCCGUGCGGUGAGCUCCUUCUCCUCCCACGCCAUUUAUCCGGUUGGACCCAUGCUAAACCCAAACCCCAAGUCCCAUUUCCAGGAUGAUAACGACAGGGACAUCCUCGACUGGCUAGACAGUCAGCCUCCCUCCUCUGUAGUAUUCCUGUGCUUCGGGAGCAAGGGUUCUUUUGGAGAGGACCAGGUCAGGGAGAUUGCACGUGCUCUUCAGGACAGUGGCCUCCGCUUCCUAUGGUCCCUGCGGAAACCUCCCCCCAGUGAUUCCAGUUUCAUGGCCAUGCCCUCUGAUUACCUUCCCUCCGAUUUCGUUGAAAUUUUACCCCCGGGCUUCCUAGAUCGGACGGCAGGAAUCGGAAAGGUCAUCGGAUGGGCCCCUCAGGCCCAAAUACUGGCCCACCCGGCCACUGGAGGCUUUGUUUCCCACUGCGGUUGGAAUUCUACCCUUGAGAGCAUAUAUUUUGGUGUGCCCAUUGCCACCUGGCCGCUCUACGCCGAACAGCAGACCAAUGCAUUUUUACUGGUCCGUGAGCUCAACAUGGCUGUGGAGAUUGCGUUGGAUUACAGGGUGCAGUUCAUGGCUGGACCUAACACUCUUUUGAGUGCGGACAAGAUACAAAACGGAAUAAGGAAUCUGAUGGACAUGGAUCUAGACACAAAGAAGAGAGUCAAGGAAAUGAGUGAAAAAAGUAGGACGACUUCCUUAGAAGGUGGAUGUUCCCACUCUUAUUUAGGUCGUUUGAUUGAUUAUAUAAUGAAUCAAGUCUAACCAUGUAUAUACAACAUGGAUGGUUGGAGGAUAUAUAUAUAUAUAUUUAGUUCAGCACAGGUCAAUCGGACCUCAAUAUUUCAAUUACCUGUUACUGUAACUGAUUUCUUUGUUUCAAAUUCUUGCCACUGUGCAUCAAACGCGUGUUUCCAUCUGAACAUUGUCCGAAAUUAUAUAUUUUUUGUCAAGUUA